CAAGAAGAAAGCAGCUCCAGAAGCUUCUUUAAAGAAAUAAAACGCUAAGAUGACGACCCAGUCCAUCAUGGAGAGCCUGUUCGGGGACGAUCCCUUCUUCCAGGACGACUGGCUGCUGUGGGAGAGACGUGGCGCCCUCACCGAGCGCUUCCUUCAGCGCAGAGCAGAACUUCUGGAGAGUUUUAACAUAGACGGACUCAUGAAAGAUCUCCUCCAGGGCCUGAACGACAUCUCCUCGUCUUCUUCCUCCUCAUACUCAUCUUCAUCAUCCUCCAAGGUUGUGUACCCGACCAAACCAGACUCGUCCAGCACUGACUCCGGCACUGAGGGAGUCAUGAAGAGCGUGGAGCUCCCGGACCACAAAGAUCCACCAGCGCUCACCAGCACACAGGAGGACGACGACUUACUGAGGAACGUUCAGAGCCUGGACGACCUCUUCAUCCCAGCAUCCUCUCCCUCUUCAUCAACUUCAUCACCAUCAUCCUCUGCCUGUAACAUUUUCUUCAUGGACGCAUCCGGCGCCUCUCCAGAGGACAUCACCGUGACCCUCAGUGGCCGGAAGCUGGAGAUCAACGUGGCCAAACCGACCGCACCAGACGUGAAGAGCGUGGAGCUUCCCGAUCAUGUUCAUCCAUCCACGCUCACCUGUACGCUGGGGGACGACGGCUUCCUGAGGAUCCAGACCGAAAAAGACGAGACGUCAAAGGAAGAGCAGCUCAUUCCGAUCCGCUUCAGGGCGUCGCUGGACUUCACCAUGAACAAAGACGACUAGAAGAAGAGCACUGAACUCUGUAGUGGACUGACCUCAGUGAUCUGACUCUGGUUUUAAAGCUAUUUUUAGGGUUAAAUAUAUAAAAAUGUAAUUGAAAUGUAAUAAAUUCUCAUGAGCUCUUAAACCUCUUCAGUCUGAUGAAUACCACAUGCAAGACCCCCUUACCAAAAAAGUUUUAUAAACUUGAUUACUGUAUAAACUUUUCACUUUUAUUUUGCCCCCAUCCCAUGUUUUUUGAGUGUGUCACAGGCAUGAAAGGUAAAUUUUUUUACAUUUACAUAAGGAAAAGAAGUUGGUCAGUAAUAACAUUAUAAUUAUUUUUUUUUGUACUUUUGUCAGAUAAAUAAAGAUUCAACCAAAAUCA